AUGGCGAACCCAGAGACCUCCAAGGAUGUUUCUCUCUCCCAGGGCAUUCGCAUGAUGUUCUAUGCAAUGAAGCCCAAUGAAACCUCCUUCCCAAGCCUGGAAGAGGUGCCUGAUUAUGUGAAACAGGCAACCCCAUUUUUCAUUUCCCUGAUGCUACUCGAGUUGGUUGUCAGCUGGAUCCUCAAAGGGAAGCCUGCAGGACGAGUGGACGAUGCUUUAACUUCCAUCUCUGCAGGCGUCCUGUCUCGGCUUCCAAGACUCUUUUUCAGGAGUAUUGAAUUGUCCACAUAUAUUUAUGUCUGGGAGAACUAUAGACUCUUCAAUCUGUCUUGGGAUUCUCCAUGGACGUGGUAUUUGACCUUUUUGGGAGUUGACCUAGGCUACUAUUGGUUCCACCGCAUGGCCCAUGAGGUCAACAUCAUGUGGUCAGCACACCAGACACACCACAGCUCUGAGGACUACAACUUGUCUACUGCUCUGAGACAAUCUGUCUUCCAAAUAUAUACUUCCUGGAUCUUCUACUGUCCCCUGGCUCUCAUCAUCCCUCCUCCGGUGUUUGCCGUCCAUCUCCAGUUCAACCUCCUUUACCAGUUUUGGAUACACACUGAGGUUAUUGAUCAUCUUGGGCCGUUGGAAUUGAUUCUCAACACCCCCAGCCAUCAUCGGGUUCACCAUGGGAGAAACCGUUAUUGCAUAGACAAAAAUUAUGCUGGCACCCUUAUCAUUUGGGAUAGAAUUUUUGGAACAUUUGAGGCAGAAAAUGAAAAAGUUUCCUACGGGCUCACCCACCCCAUUAACACAUUUGAACCACUCAAAGUACAGUUUCAUCACUUGCAUUAUAUUUGGACCACAUUGUGGAUCACACCUGGGUUCUGGAACAAGUUGUCUGUCAUAUUCAAAGGACCAGGAUGGAGUCCAGGCAAACCUAGGCUUGGCCUUCCUGAAGAAAUCCCUGAGAUCACAGGAAAAGAGGUCCCUUUUGCUGCUCAGAUGUCUGGCUCACUCCAGCUGUAUGCCCUUGUACAGUUUGCUCUAAUGCUUGGUUUUUAUGAGGACACAUUUGCUGACAAAAGUGCAUUAUCACAGGCCACUCUCCUCCUGAGAACAGGCUACAUCAUCCUGACACUGACCUCCAUUGGAUUCCUCAUGGAGCAAAGACCUGGUGCCCCCAUUUUGGAAACCAUACGAUGCUCCAUAUUUUUAAUGUUGUAUCGGCUAAAUUACUUGAAGCCCUUCAUCCCUUCACUGACAUUUGCUUUGGAGAUUUUAUUCUCUAUCUGCAUCAUUUACUGGGGAAUAAGAAGCAUGAGACAGCUUGCCUCAGGCCAUUCAAAGCAGCUCUGAGAUGGGAUGUCUAGGACCUUCUGUAUCUCCCGGAAGGAGGGUUACAUUGAAGGGCUGACUGUAACCCAGGAACAGAUGCCAAGGUUUCAAUGCAAAGGAAGUAAUUUUGUGAUUGACUCUUGAAGAUACCUUUUACAUGAAACUUAUUCCAAUGGUCUUACUUUUUUCAUUGUUUUCUCUUUUAAUUAGAAUCUGAUGGAGCUGUUUUCAUAUCAAGUUCAAAUCCAAUACUAUGUGAA